ACAUUUGCUCAGUCCGCGACGAACUCUCAACGCGGGCGGUUGUUCUGAAUCUGUGGCAAGUUCUUGCUCAAACUCGCACCCAUAUCGAAUUUAUUGAGCUUGCUGCCCGCCAAAAGUCCAAAAAGUGAAGAAAACGCAGAGCGCACAAAGUUGGAGAAACCAAAAAUAAAUAUGUGAAUGCCGCGAGUGUGUGUGUGCGUUUAUUUUUAAGCGACGGCCCGAAGGCAAAUGUGAAGUGUAAGCGGCAAACAAAAAAAAAAAAAAAUAAGAAAAAAAAAGUAAAGAGCGAGAAAUAUAAAUUAUAUCAAAACAAAAAUAGCCGCCAAAAGGCAAGCGAAUUAGCACGCAACAUUUGACGAAAUGGGAGCGACACCGAAAACAGACUUUCCGGCCCACUGGCUGCUGUGCAUCCUCCUGGCUCUCGGCUCCAUAUCCUCGAAAGCGAGUGCCGUCAGUUCAUAUGGCGCCUCCUUCAUCUCGAACCCAUCCAUAUACGCAUACAGUGUCGAAAAUCAGGCGGAACAACACGAGUCCAGGGACAACAGCAUCAAGUUUGCCGCCGAGCACGGCAAUCUGAAUUCAAAUUCCAAUCUGAAUCGCAAUUACUACUUCACCGAUGAUCCCAGUCCCGUUCCGAAUCUGAAUCUGAAUCUGAAUCCGACUGCCUCGCUGGCCACGCCCCCUGCCACCCAGCCCGCCCCCCAGACGGGCUGCACCCUGGACCGGCUGGCCGUCUACAAGGUGGUCCUGCACACCUACUGGACCCGGGAGCUCUUCCCCAAGCACUAUCCCGACUGGCGACCCACCGCCCAGUGGACCAAGACAUUAGGUCGCACCCACAAUGCCAACUAUGCACUGUACCACAUUGGACAACCGGCGACGGCGGCUGUCAAACAGUUUGCGGAAUCGGGCCGCACGGAUCUGCUGGACAGCAAUGCCGGCGAGCAGCAGCAGGUCCAGAUGCAGUCGCUGAUGCAGACGGGCAAAUCCCCAUCAGGUGGGAUCACCAGCAGCAGCAGCAGCAGCGGGACCACUACUUUCAACACCACAGCCACGCCCACUGGUGGUAGUGGUGGCAAUGGCGGCAAUGGUGGCACCACCGAGCGCAGCGUGUUCGACGAGUUCAGCAUGCCGGCGAUUCCGUUGGGCGCCGGACGCAGUGAGGCAAAAGUGUUUGUCGACAGCAAUCACAGUCUGGUCUCGCUAAUGACACGCAUUGUUCCCUCGCCGGACUGGUUCAUCGGCGUGGAUUCGUUCGAGCUCUGCGUGGGUGGCUCCUGGAUCGAUACGGUGACCGUUGAGCUGGAUCCUUUGGAUGCGGGCACGGAUAAUGGCUUCACCUUCACGGCGCCCAACUGGCCAACAGAGCCGCAGGGCGUCAUCUAUCGGAUCACCUCGCGUUAUCCUGGCCAUCCUGCGGGCAGCUUUUAUUAUCCGAAGAGCAAGCGGCUGCCGCCCAUCGCCACGUUCCAGUUUAUCAAGCUGAGGGAGUACGAGCUGAGCGAGGUGUUCAACAUUGCCGAGGACGAUCGCAAGUAUGAGACGGUCCAGACGCAGACCCACCUGGACGCGGAGCACAAUCACGUGGAGAUGAACAACGAGUUGUCCGCCAGCAUCGAACGGGAGCGACAAACGGAGCAGCAGCAGUUGCAGCACAACGACGACGAGAGGCAGCGCAUCCGGUCCCAGCUGUUGGCCAAAAUGAAUCCCAUCUACAGCAGCAACAACAGCCUCCAGCCGGCACCUGGUCAGGUGGUCAGUGUGGUGCCGAAAAACGACAAACAUGCGAUCCUGCAGAGCAUCGCCAGCAGCUAUCGGCGUGCCGCAGAUGCCAGCGAUUCGAAUGCUUCCAAGCCGACACCAUUCGCGGCUGGUGGUGGUGGCAAGGCCGGUGGUGCUGUUGGUGGUGCUGCCUCCCGCAGGCGGAGCUCCGCGCAGCGUCGUCGUGAUUGCCGCGUGAGCCACUGGUCCGAGUGGACGGCCUGCAGCAAAAGCUGCGGCGUCGGCGAGAUGCAUCGCUACCGCAAGGUCAUAAAGCACGGCAAGAGGGGCGGACGACAGUGCCCGGCGCUCCAGCAGUCCAAGUGGUGCGGCACCGAGCGCAACUGCCACGGGUCGCAGAGCUACUUUAAUUGGUCCGAUUCCGACACAUGAACGAGCCACUAGGAGGAGGAGGAAGAGGAGGCACAGGCGAUAUAAAUAUAAUUUUAAUUUAAGGCGUAAGAAUUGCUUUUUCUGUGUGAACAAGAAAGACCAGCAAGGCAAGGAGUUAGGAGUGUGAAUCAUCCCGCAAGGAGAUUUUAAUUUAACUUUACAUUAUCAAAUGACAUUGAUUUUAAAGCAGACGGCAGAGACUUCAAUUAAAAAUGGAUUAAAUUAGAGGCGACGAUGGGGAAGACUACUGACAAUAUUAAAAACACAUGAAGGAUUUAGACACAGGACACAGAGGAUUGGAGUCAUUCGUCCUGCGGAUGUCGAUUCAAACAUUCUUAUGUUUAUGUGUUCACAUUAAUUUCAUUUUUUUUUUCGUUGCUUUAGCUCUAAAUAAUAUGUAAAAAAAAAUCAUCAUAAAAUAUAAAAAAUUAAACAAAAAAAAAACAUUGAACAGUAGACGUACAAAGUUUAGAAAGCAAAUCAAAGUAAACAAGAAGCGUGAAAAUUUGCAUACCCAAACAAGGAAAAAUGGAAACAAAACCAAAUGAAAAACCAAACACAACACACUUGAACCUAUAAGCGUGGAGCCAAAGUGUGUUGUUCAGCAACUAAGCUAAUAUUAGAUGUAAAUUAAGCUAACUAAUAACUUAAAAUGGAUUGCAAUAAAAGUCAACCCCAAAAAGAA